AGGAGGUUCUUCGACAUCUUCGUGGCUGAAGUUCCCUGGACGGUGUCGAGCAAGGAGCUGAAGGAGUACUUCUCUCAGUUCGGGACAGUACAGAGGUGCCAGCUGCCGUUUGACAAAAAUACAGGCUUUCACAGACGUUACUGCUGGAUUAAAUUCUCAACUCCACAAGAUGUUCAGAAUGUGUUUCAGAAGGACUUCCACAUACUUGAAGGUGCCAAGCUUGCUCUCAGACAGCAGCCCCGUAGAAGACGCAGUCAAAGAACGAACCAAAGUGGGUGAACAGUGGAAGGAGGCUUUAUUUCACUGAAUGUAAAGAAACUAAAAUAAAGAUUACUGAUAAACUA